AGGAGAGCUCUCCCCCAGGGAGUGAAUGGGUGUCAAUUGGGCGCAUACUCAAAAACCCAACAUUAGCAUGCAUUUCGUCAACAAUAAUUACAACAUUACAAAUCUUUUCCGAGAUGUGAGAUAAUUAAAUUGUUCUAUAUAAUAUCGUAUGGCUUUGGAAUCGUGAUAUGACGUACUUUUUAGGGAAAUAGGCAAGUUUCUCGACUCAUACACUGACUUCAAGAAGUAAUUGCGAUACGAUUAGUUUAUCAACUGGUUGACGCAGCAUGACAACUUGGACACGAUUGGUCGACCGUCUUCUGGACCCGACAGUGAGCCAGGCGGAUAGCAUCUCGAUUGCUAAUGUCUGACGGUGUAUUGAGAGAUGCAGAUGCUGUCCCCGAUGCGGGCGCCUGUCGUUUGAAGCCGGUCGAAACUCCAAGAACCAAUACAGGCAGAACCAUGGACAGAUCCUGUAAAAAAUGGUCAGCCUGUGGUGUGCGAGGGUGAGGAGGAAAGCGGGUAAGGAGAUGGGCUGCACCUCGGCCAAGCAGGUGUCGGCAGUGCCAAGUGGUGAGGAGGGCCGCAGUAAAGCCUACAGCAAUGGGGACCUUCUUUCCGACGAGUACAAAAAAGGAGUGGAAAAGGUCAAGUAUAUCAAUGGAGAAGAGGACAGACUGAACACCUGCAACCAGGACAGCACGGAGAAAACUGCCCUGCUCACUAGGGUCCAACGCACAGAUGACACAGGAUCAAAUGGCAAUGGGAAGACACAUAUCCAUUCUUCAGAGAGCCAGCAAGAGUUCUUCAGGAUGCUGGAUGAGAAGAUAGAAAAGGGGCAGGACUACUGCUCAGAGGAAGAGGAUAUGACAUCGCACUGACGUCCACUAUCUGCUCCCCUGAGAGGAAGGAUUUGUCCAAUGGAGGCUGGUGUCAUUCCAGCCAUUACAAUGAGCCCAUCCUCCAAUUUCUCCCUCCACUUGCCUCCACUGGAUUUUUCCAAUGGCAUGGACAGACUGUACCACAUAUACCUUACCCAAUGGCCCCUCCUCCUUUUGGACUGGCCCAUUUCGUGGAUGGAGUGGGAGACACGUUGACCCUCAAGCACCUUUGCUUACCACACUGUCUAUAUCUACAACCGUCUCCCCUUAACAGAUGUUUGAGUCCAUUGCGACAAUGUCCCCCCCCCCCCCCCCCAAAAGGAGCAAGGACCACUUCCAUGCACCAGGCGUAUAAUUUUGAACAACUCUCCAAGUCUGUCGCCAUGGUUACCCUGCACACGAAGUACAGCAGCUGCUCUAGACUCUGUGACUGUGGUCCGUUAAAAGACACUGGCAUUACAGUCAUUUUGAACCCAUGGAUUGACUAAAGCCACGACCAAUAACCAUGAUGGUAUCAGUCUCAAAGAACAUUUGUCAAUCCUUAUCUGAUUCUGAUUGGAUUAUGAUCAGUGGAGGUAAUGGAGAGCAGAGGAAAAUGAAUCUGGGGAUUAUUCCAGGGGUCGUAUUCAUUGGGCACCAAAUGGAAGAAAACGUUUUGAAACAGGGAGGGCCUUCGAAUAAGAAGCGGCAGUUGACAUUUUCCAUAGCAAAAUGUUUUUUUCUACAGUGUUCCCAAAUGAAUGCGAUCCAGGUGGCUGAAACAUUGAGCAUUGCAGAUAGAAACACGAAUACCGCUGCUGAUGCUCCUUAUCAUUGCAUUAUAUCCUUAUCUCUAUGUAGUGUAUAUCUAUCUGCCACAUUCCAAGCGUGCCACCCCAAUGAACACACCCUUGGAGGGGAAACUGGGGUUACUUACUUCCUGCAUUCCAAGACACUUUUUGAAUCUUCUUUUCUACAGUAUGUUCAUAUGCGAUUCAUAGUCUUAUCUAUGUCUUCUUACUUCACCACGUAGGGUAUUCUUGUUUAAUUUUAAUGCUCAGGGUUGAAGUGUUCUAGUCAUUGUCUUUUGUAGAAGAGCCUACCUCUUCAUUAGGGUUUGUUGUCCCAUUUGUGUACACACACACACUGUUAUUUCCCUAGCACCCUACUGUCACUAUCUGUUCUUCUUACCUGUUAAUAAGACCAUCUCAGUGUUAAAGCUACAGGCAGUAUACUGUAUUAGGAGCAUAGAUCAUGCAAUGGUCUUUGCAUUUGUUGUCAUGGUCAUUUUUCUGCGCUUGCUUUUCAUGUUCAAAUGUUUUUUAUUUUAUUAUAGUCAAAUAAAAAACAAGAAAUGUU